AUGGUGGGGAAAAAAGCCGUUAUUAGUAAGCUUUAUCCCCCGGAUAACGGCACGGUGCUGGACUCUGAGCUCAUGCAUGCUCAAGAGGAUUUCGGAAGCUCUUCAGGAAUUCAAGUAGUGACGGUCAACGCGCAGAUCAAUGAUGUUCAACACCAGGAGAGGUUGGAUGAGAUCAUCCAAGCAAACCGGCUGAUUAAAGUAAGAGAUGUCAAUGAAAUGCUAGAGAUUUCUGUAGGGAGUGCUCAGUAUAUUAUCCAUGAUGUGUUGGGUUAUAGGAAAGUGUGUGCACGGUGGGUUCCCUACAUGUUGUCACCGGAGCUGAAAUUGAACCGAAGUCAAUUGAAGGAGUACCUCAAACGAAAACGUUAUGCAGAUGACGAUGAAGUUCAAGAAGAUGUGCGUCGUUGGUUCAGAGGAAAACAACAUGAAUUCUUCGCCGACAGCAUGCGGCAACAUAUUCGACGUUGGCGGAUCUGCAUCGACAAAGAAGGCAACUAUGUUGAAAAGUAA